AUGCUGUACGGGCAACAAUUGGCCCCAGGCUGCUUCGCACCAAAGUUCGGAUUGACGGGUUUCCGAAUCAAACACGAAGUAAAUACACGACAGAACAAUAAGCGGGAAGUGCUUGCUCACAAUGCAGCAGUUCCAUGGCUGGUAAACCAAACAGAUGCAAACAUCCUAUUGUCCCUCUUACUCUUUUGUCCACUGCCUUCUUAUAACCCGAGAAAUUAA